CGUAUUUCCGCCGGGUUGCAUGCGCGCUGCAGUUCCUAGCUGUCACCAUCCACCUAACCUCAUCGGACAGGAGUCCCAUAUGAAGGUGAGGGAGGGGUCGCGCUGUUGGCCGUGUACCUGAGACACCUGGGCCCCGGUGUUGUUAGCACACACACACCCCGCCUCCCUACGGCCGCGACAGGACGAAGACCCGACUGCUACAAGCAUGAAGAGGCUCCCGGUGCUGUGGCUACUCCUCUGGGUGUGCGCGCUGUACUCCGCGGGCAUCUACCUGUUCGUCGGCGGGUUCCUGCUGGUGAGGCUUGAGGUGAACCGCACCAGCACCUGCGGAGACGUGUUGCAGCCCGGGGAGGAGCCGGCGGACUUCUGCCGCGUGCAGCCGCGUUUCCGCCGGGCUGUCCUCCUCAUCGUCGACGCCCUCAAGAUCGAUUUCACCUGGUUCGAUCCGCACAACGCCGCGCCUCGACCCUACGAGAACAAGCUGCCGGUGCUGGAGGAGACUGUGUCCUCCAGGCCCGCGCACAGCCGCCUUUACCCGUUCCGCGCGGAUCCGCCUACGACCACCAUGCAGAGGAUCAAGGGCUUCACCACCGGCUCCCUGCCCACCUUCGUGGACGUGGGCAACAACUUCGCGUCCAGUGCCAUUCUGGAGGACAACCUCAUCCACCAGUUCGGGCAAGUGGGCAAACGGGUGGUGUUCAUGGGCGAUGACACUUGGGAGAACCUUUUUCCGAAGAAGUUCCACCGCUCGCUGCCCUUCCCUUCCUUCAAUGUCAAGGACCUGCACACGGUGGACAACGGCAUCCUCCAGCACCUCUACACUACCAUGGUCAGCGACGAUUGGGACAUCCUAGUUGCCCAUUUCCUCGGCGUGGACCACUGCGGUCACCGGUUCGGUCCCGACCACCCGGCCAUGGCCGACAAGCUCACCCAGAUGAACGGCGUCAUCAGGUCUGUGAUGGACCGCCUGCAGAAUGACACGCUGCUGGUGGUGAUGGGGGACCACGGCAUGACCGACACCGGAGACCACGGCGGGGAGAGUCAGAAGGAGACGGACGCCGCUAUCUUCCUCUACAGCCCCUCGCCUCUGUUCCCUGCAGCGCCGAGCGAGAGUGAACCGGACGUGGUGCCCCAGACGGACCUGGUCCCCACCCUGGCUCUGCUCCUGGGGGUUCCCAUCCCAUACAGCAGCGUGGGGCAGGUUCUCCUGCCCGUGUUCCCUCCCCACGGUCAGACAAAGGGCGCAGUUGGAGGUCUCAGCCAGCUGGAGGCGCUGUGGAUCAAUGCGAAACAGGUCAACCGUUUCCUGGAGACGUACUCUGGCAUGGCCAAAGACAUCCCACCUGAGAGCCUCUCUCGGCUGAAGGCCGACUUCUCCCGCCUCUCCUCGGAGUACCUCGCCACGGUUCGACGGGGUCGGCCCCCCUCCCCACAGCUGGCCGCCUCGCUGCAGGCCUACCUCACAUCUGUGAGGGACACCUGCCGAGCCACCUGGGCUCGUUUCAACCCGCUCAAGAUGGCGGCGGGCCUAGCCAUUUUGGCGUUUGCCUGCCUGACGUGUUUCGUCCUGUCCGAGCUUUCCUUCGAACUGAUCAGGGAGGACGGCACCGGACUGCGGGCCCCAGUUGCCGCGGCACUGAUGACGGGGGGGUGCGUGGCCGCUGGUCAGCUGAGCGCGCGGGGCUACGUGGAGGUCGCGUGGUGUCUGGCCGCCGCCGCCCUCAGCUCGGAGCUGCUCUUCCUCUGGAGGGCUCGCCGAUCGGGGAUUGCCGGUGCGGAAAAGAUCGGCCCCACGUCCGGCUGGCUGACUCCGCGGCGCCUCCUUGCCCCCCCGGUCCUGGUGCCGCUUCUCCGCUGCGCCUCCCUGCUCUCGGACAGCUACGUGAUCGCCGAGGGCCGCGCCGUGACCUUCCUGGUGCUCUCCCUGGCCCUCUAUAUUCCCAUCCGUCUCAACUGGGACGGUCUGCUCCUGCCCCCCAGCCACGACUCCCUGAAGGCGGCAGGGAUCCUGCCGCCCCCCGCCCUGUCCCCGUCAACGGUGAGGAAGGAAAGUGGCACCCUCCUCGCCUGCCUGGGGCUCCUCGUCGGCAGCCUGUACCUCUCCCUCUCCUUCCACGCCUGCCGGGAGGAGCAGGGCUCCUGCCAGCCAUCUCCGUUCCUCUCUCCACUCUCGCGGCUGCAGGACAGCCGGCUGAAGAACCUCCACUACGUCCUCUCCGUCUUCGCCCUGGCCCUGUGGACAUAUUUGCUGCGCCGCUGCCUCCGGCAUUACGGCAACCUCAACUCGGCAAGCGGGGCGGUGUUCGCGGCUCGCUGGGUCCUCCUGCUGCUAUCUGUGUGCCUGGCGUUGUACUGGGCCGUCAGCGCCACCCCGGAGGACAGCUUCAGGAAUCUGGCCGAGCUGAUCGCCAUGGCCCAGCUGGCCCUCCCCAGGGCGGCCUUUUGCCUCCUGGGUUUGGGUCUGGCUCUGAUCUGGCUCGACCCCCUCACUGUGUACGCAAAGACCAAGGUGCAGGCCUCGGCCCGAGGUCCUUCGGUGCCGCCGCGCUACCGGGCUAGCACGGCCAUCAGCCCCCAAGCCGAGCUGCACCAUCUCAUCCCGCAGAUCUACCAGCGCAUGCGUCGCUCCCUCGACGACGACGGAGAGCUGAGCGCGGGCAGUGAGGCGGACGGCAGGCCCGCUGUGGAGGCCUACGGGCUGGGGACGGUCUACUCGGCCCCUUUGGUGCUCUUCUGUGGCCUGCUGGGGAUGGGACUCCUGCUGCUGCACCCGGAGGGCAUGGCUCUGUCCUUCCUCCUGCUGCUGCUGCAGAUGGGGGCGGUGCUGCACAUCCACGCCUCCUCCACCACGCUCAGCGGCCUGCACGGGGCGGGUUCCGGUUGCUUUAAUGUGCCCUGGACUCCAGUGGUGCUGUGGUCGCUCGCUGCCACCCAGUUCUUCCACGCCACGGGUCACCUCCCCACCUUCCCCUCCAUCCAGUGGGGCGCCGCCUUCGUGGGAUUCCCCGAGGGACACACAGGCACCGUGCUGCCCGCCUCCCUGGUCACCCUCAACACUUUUGCCUCACACAUCCUUUUCUCUGUGGGAUGCCCGUUGCUGCUGUUCUGGCCCCUGGUGUGUGAGGUGCGCGGGGGCCGGCCAGGAACAGCCUGCAGCGAGGAGGGGGAGGACGCCGUGAUGGAGAUGAGGCUAAGGGAAAACCCCCAGCAGUUCAGCUCGGCGCUGCUGCAGCUCUCCACGCGCUACCUCUUCGUCCUCGGAGCGCAGGUCUUUGCGUCGGUGUGUGCCGCUGCCAUCCUCAGGAGACACCUAAUGGUGUGGAAGGUGUUCGCGCCCAAGCUCAUGUUCGAGGCCUCGGGGUUCCUGGUGAGCAGCGCGUCUCUGCUGAUCGGGGUCACGUUGGUGCUGCGGGUGGACGUGGCCGUGGGCCGCUGGUUUAAGAGACUCAUCCCCGAUGCAUCCAGGUAGCGACGGUGUUGACGGUGCUGCUGCUGCUACCGAUCCCCCCCUCCCCGCCACAGCUCGCUGUGCCGCACCGAUAAAUGACAUGGCUGGGACACUGUAACAUAUUUUUUCUUCUUUUGACCUUGAUCCUUCACAAUUGCAUAGGGAAAUAUUGCCAUCUGUGUCUAGGAUAUUUGAAAACACGUCUCCUGUAGCUCCUUGGAGGACUCGUGCGUUACUGAGCGCCUCCUCUUCAGGAUCUCAAAUCCUGGACAUCAAAUCCUGAGUAGCAUUGAAGAGGUUUUAUGUUGUUUUGUUUAUUUUGGACAAAUGUGAGAUGAUACGCUUGUAGACGGCCUCGCUCAGCUCAUAAGGGGAAAGCUUUUAUUUGUACUUGGUCGUAGAAGGAACAGCCGUCUCUUACUUAGAGCGUGGAUGAAACCUUUCGAGGGCAGGCUUGCAAAAGGCCUUCACAUGAACCAGUUUACACGAGUAAGUGUCACAGCUGUAUUGUUUUUGUAUUUUUAGGAUGCCGAAAUAACCAACACAUCUGGUUACUGCCAACUUGCAGUUGUAUUGUAUUGCUCUGAACUUUUUAAAAAUCUUUUUAUUUUUUAUUACAGUUUUGUGAUUCUUGGUUCUAUUUCUAACUCUGAUUCUUUUUAAAUUACUAAUCAUACGUUUAAACAAAAAAAAAAAACUGAAAUUUGAAGUUUUGUGUUGAUUUGGGACUAGACCCGUAUUUCCUGUUCUCUGGAAGAGGUGCUCAGCUCUGACCGAUGCUUUUUUUUCCCCUCCUCCUGAAUGAUGUCAUUACGCUGACCUCAUUAAAUGGCUGAAUUCAAGAAACGCCGACAGUUGAUUGAUCUCUGCGGCGGGUCGGGCUCGCUGAUCGACUUGAAUUGUGUUCCCGCAGUGCAGCUAACACACAUGAGGCGAUGCACGAUAUUAAGUCGGCUACAAAGCAAAAGCCCUGCUGGUUGCAGGGGAGCGACCGCUCAUUUGUUAAUGAUGUCAACGCUGUAAUGACGGUUCUGCUGGGAUGACAGAGUGCUUUUUUUUCCUGUUUGAAAAUGUUUAAUAUACUAAUAUCUGAUUAAUUCAGAAUCAAUGAAAAGGUUUUUCAUUCUGUAAAAGAAAAAAAAAUGCAAUAAAAACAUUUUUAUGUGA